UGACUGUGAUUGAAGAUGGAGUAGCUUCAAGAACGAGAAGCAAAACUAAAAUUUUUAAGGAAAACAAGUCAAAUUUGAGAGAGAAGAUAUGCAUAGAGAGUAAGGAAAAGACACCACCUAAGAGUUCCACAGUUCAUGCAAAGAUGGAAUCUUUAAGAUCUAGCAAUAUAAUUAAGUCUGCUAAGGAAUCACAAAAGCCUAAUUUAGGUUUACCAACUGAACUAUGUAAGACAGAGAACAAGGAGAAGAAACUUAAAGAUGCAAGUCCCAAUAUAGGGAUGAUGACUUCAAAAACUGGAGGCAAAAAUAAAGUAGAUGCAGAAUCCCAAGAACUUAAUAAUACAUUGUCUAGGGAAACAAACAGACUGCACAAGAGCUUCCCGGAGAAGUUUAUGUCAUUAAGAUCUCCAGGUAAAAACAAAACAGAAGCACAAGAGAGUAUAUGUAUGGAGUGUCUAGGGAAGAGUAUCCCGGAGAAGAAAGCAAAUAAGAAGGAGGUGAGUCCAUGUCAUGGGUCUUCACGAUCUAGAAGUAGGGGUAUUAGAUUACUCCAUGCUGCCAGGGUUGCACCCAAAAUAAAACUAAAAGAGGAAAAGAAGCCUGCGAAAGUCCAGAAGACUGCAUUAAGGUCUAGCAAUAAAAAUAAAAAGGAUACAGGACUGAAAGGAUCUAAUCCUGUAUCAACACCCACAAACGAUAUCGAAAAAGAUGAGGAGAAAUGCAUGGGUAUUUGCCCCAAUAUCUUUAAAAAUUCAUUGGUACCUGAAGGAAUUUUAUGUUUAACUAGAAACAGAAACAAACAACCACAAGACAUUAAUCAUAUACCUAGUCCAACAAAGAUUGUUGAAAAGCAGCUUCCAAGCCUGGAAAAUAAAGCCGAGGAUAGAGUGGAAGAAUCCUUUAGAAUUGGAAGCCAAAGUGAAACUGAGAAAGAACUCUAUAGUUCUCCUUUGCUUAGGGCAAUGGAGAUAGCUUGUGCUGAGAAUAAAGAUAGAGGUAUGACUGAAGACUGGGUACAUUUAAGGUCUAAAGGGAGAAACAGAAGCAAUACAGAAUGGAUAGGAUUUAAUCCUUUGUCAAAGGACAUCCUACCUUUGGGUAAGAUUGGAAAAGAAAAUAUUCUUCAGAUUUUUCCUGACAAGUGCUUAAACGAGAAAGGGGGUGAUACAGAUCUUCAAAGAUCUGCUAAUCUUAGCAAAGAUGAGCCGUCCUCGGCUGCUUCAGAGACUACUGUUUUAACAGCAGGAGAAUCAACCCCAGAAAAAGUCUCAAGUUGGAAGAAAACUUUUUACAGUACUAUUUUGACAAAGAAGAGAAGAAAAUCAAAGACACCUAGUAGCAAACUGUCAGAGCCAACUGAUGUUGAAAAGUAUAGCCCAGAGAGUCGUCUUCUAAAAUCUGUCCCAAAGGCAAACGACAGUUUAAAAGUGGUUUUAUUGCCCCAAGAAACCCAGUCAGAGCCUUCUUUGCUUAGAGAAGGAAGCAGCAGUACUAUGUUAAAAAAUAACACAAACCAGACUCAAGAAAAUGACGCUGUGGAAUCCACAAAAUUAAGUAAUGACCAGGAGUUUUCCAACUCAUGGAAAAGAAGAAAACACAACUUAAGGAGACCAAACCAGCUACCAGAAGUUCAAAAUAGGCAACAAAGAAGAAAGUGAAGACAGUGAAGAUGAAGGUCAUCUUACAAAUAGUAAAAUAUAAUUUUAAGGCAAUAAGGAUAGAACAAAUAUUUAGUUAAGUGAAUAUAAUAAAAUAGUUUGACUGAUUGUCACAAAAUUUCACGUUAUUUUGUAAAUGGGGCAGUGAAUGACAAUGUUCAAGGCAAUGAAGGUUCAUUUUUUGUUUUGGGUUUUUUUUUUUAGCAAAUGUAAACUUUUUUUCAUUAAAUGUUU